CCCUUUCAAGCCAUACCGCUGGCGUCUCCCACCAUGGCAAGCAGCUCUUCUUCUUCUUCGACAUCAUCCAUCUUCAUCCCCAAGACGGCCAUUCGCAAAUCGGAGCGACUCGGCCUCGCGAGGGGACGACAUCGUAGUAACACGCCGGCCGCCAGCGCCGCCGCCUCCAAGAAGGCUACGGCUGAGGGAAGCACGCAGUCGCCUGAAGAGCGGCAGAAUGGCUUUUCAGCGUACAACCUACCGUCGAAAGCGGACGGAGACGAACCUUCACCAUUGGAGCAAGAGCUACGCAGGGUCAGGAUAGAAGAAAGUGCCGAGCCGCCGCUGUCGCCGCCGCCUCCGCAGCACCGACCGACCGGGGAGUCUACAGCAGACGUCAAGCGUCGCCUAUUUGGCCUCUCUGAAGGCGGCGGCCUAGCUGCCAACAGCAACCCCACCAGCAUCUCCCCACCUCUCGUCCUCUCCACAAGUCCGGCCAAAGCGCUAGGCACCUCGCCGCCCUCCCGUAUCGGCGGACCGAUGAGCACUGCCCUCUCUCUCUCCUUGCAGUCGAGUCACUUCGCACAGCAGAGGGACGCAGUCAGGCAGCGAGAGGUGAUGAGGGAGUUGGAGGGUAUGACUGGUUUGGGGAGGAGGUUGGGAGGGUGGGUGCCAGUGAUUGUGGAAGAGCAAGGGGAGAGCAGUGUGAGGACGGAGGGCAGAGGUGAAGCAGACGGUGAGGGCGAAGGGGAGCUGGACUUUGACGAUUCUGCUGGUGUGGGCGAAGACUUUGAGUUCGACUUUGACGACGGCGAUGACGGGAAUGAGGACGACGAUGGAGACGAGGAGCGAAGAGGCGAAGCGGCAGCAUGGCGGCUACAGCAGGCGAGCGAGAAUGGGGAGGAAUGGCAGGGAGGAGGGGCUGAUGUGGAUCACGAUGAUAGCGUCCCGGAUGACGAGCAGGUGGAUGACGACGACUGGCCGCCGUAGCUUCUCCCGCCGGCAAUCAAGAAGAGAUGGCGCGGCACGCU